AUGACGGCUGAAUUCCCGCCUUCUGAGGCAUCUCGCGUCGUCAAACGCAUCUCAGAGAUACUGAUAGAACGCGAUGAAACUCUGGCGGUAAGUGAAGCGGCUUGCGGUGGACUAAUUUCGAGCUACUUAGUUUCUGUUCCAGGCGCGUCUAAAUGGUUUCAUGGUGGAAUCAUGGUUUACAGUUUGAAAAGUCGACUCAAACUUAGCGGCUGGAACGAGCAAGAAAUACACGAUUACACUGGCCCAAGUGUGGAUGUAGCCCUGCGUUUGGCUCGUAAUCUCAAGUUUGAGCUUGGCGCCACUUACACAUUGUCAGAAACCGGGUACGCGUCACGUUCUCCCAUGCUGAAGCCUACUGAAAGCGAACAAUCUGUAGGAACAGUGUACUACGGGGCUUCAGGACCCGAUGAAGACGUUUCUUCGACUUACAGCACUGAAAGUGAAGACAGGUGUCACAACAUGCAACAAUUUGCCAUUCAUGGACUUGAGUUUUUGCUUGAACAGCUAGAAAAAAAAUGUCAUGCUCCAGAAACAGAGUCGGAUAAUGAUGCGGAGGAACCAGAUUGUAAAAAACCCAAGAUUGACAAAGUCUGA